AUGUUGGUAUCAUUGAUCGGGUGAUUUUACGUCAGUCAGCUCCCAGCUGAGUGCCACCGUUAACUUCCGUAUUAUUCAGUUUACUACUAUUGACAUUCUUCAAAAGAAGACCAGUGAAUUGUGAAUUUUGUGAUAGUUAUCUAAAAAUAAACUCGCAAAUUGCGAUUUAAAAAUAAUAUUCAAGGUUUUGCUUAAAUAUCAAAUCACACUACAAAAGCAACAGUGUUAUAAUCCAAGCGAAAGUAAAAACAGUGCGCAGUUACACACAAACAGUUUAUUUGUGAUUUUCUUGAACUCAUUUCGGUGAGAAUGUCGUCGUUAGGGAGUCAGUGGAGAGUUAUAAGACAUUAUUUAUCUAUGACAAAUUUAAAUGCUGAAGUUGAAAAACUAGUGCAAAGGAUAAAGCCUGCAACGCCUGAACAGUGGGAACAUCUUAUUAAAAAAUUUGAGAAAGCUGUUGCUGUAAGGUUAUCUAGUUCCGAAGAAAAGCAAUUGGAACCUAAAAACACAGUUAAGACAACCACAAUUGAUGAAACUAAUAAAAUUGCUACUAAAGAGGUGAAGGAAAAGACGGAUAAAGUAGAAGACAAAGGGUUAACCGUGGGUUCGGAGGCCAAGGAAAUAACAUUUCAAGGGCUUUGGGAUGGUUUGAAACUGAAGAAGGACCUGCAUUUUGGAAAAAUAUCUGAGCCAAGUUGGAAAUCUAGUAAACCCAUUGUUACUAAGACUUCAAUACACUCCAGAACAGCGUACGUUAUCUCUGCAAUCGUAACAGCAGAGACUCCGGAGUGUCUCCUCAAGAGGACUGAGCACUUCAUUGAACAUCUGCAGCAAUAUCCGGAAGCCAGGGACUAUGCCAUUAAGGAAGGCGCCGUACGAGCGUUAUUGCGGGUACAACACAAACUCAAGUCCGAUGAAAAGUUACUCAAAACUGAAGUCUAUGCCCUUGUUAAUGAGGCCCUAGCUCAGGUAGGCUACAUGGGCCCCACAAAGAACCGGGGCCCCAAUAUUCUGUCUAUCGACGGUGGCGGCAUCCGCGGCAUCAUAGCUAUCGAGAUCCUGCGACACCUGGAGCGGCUCACCGGUAGGAGAGUCCAAGACCUGUUCGACUACAUCAUCGGAGUCAGCACUGGGGCUAUCAUCGCUGCUGUUAUUGCUGGCGAAGGUAAUUUGGAAACAGCGAAUCAAAUGUACAUCACAUUGUCGAAGCAAAUGUUCGGGAAUACGUCGCUACUUGGAGGUACGUCUCGUUUAGUUUGGUCCCAUUCGUACUACGACACUGUUGCCUGGGAGAAAAUGCUUCAAGAUCACCUUCGUGACGUCAUGCUGACUCAGUGCAACAGAUUCAACGCACCUAAAAUGUGCGUGGUGUCUUGCGUCGUGAACUCCGGGUCUCGCCUGAGCCCGUACCUGUUCCGCACGUACGAGUGCGGGUUCCGAGUGCGCUCCGUGUUCCCGGGCACGACACGUGCGAAGCUCUGGCAAGCCGUGCGAGCCUCAGCCGCUGCUCCCACCUACUUCAGCGAGUUCAACUUGCACGGGCUACUGCACCAGGAUGGCGGGAUAAUGGUAAACAAUCCAACGGCAGUAGGGCUUCAUGAAGCGAAGCUACUAUUCGGUGCAGAUGCUCUCAAGAACAGCACAGUCAUCUCUGUGGGCACGGGGCAAGCGCUGAACAAACACUUAGACUAUCAGCUGAUGGGCAAAGGUCUCGCUAAAGACUCCUCUGGCACGAGUUGGAAGGAUAAGUUCAAUAAGAUACUUGAUUCUGCAACUGACACUGAAGGUGUACACUUAGUAUUGAACGACCUCCUACCAUCAGGCACCUACUAUCGGUUUAACCCCCCGCUACACGAGCAAUGUGCCAUGGACGAGAUCAACCCGGAGAAGUUGCAAAACAUGGUCACUGACACGAAUGCCUACAUCCGUAGGAACCAGCAUAAGUUUGAGCAGGCGGCUAAUAUGUUGGCCAGGGAACGUACUCUGGUGCAGAAAAUGGUGGACUUUGUGCAGCACAGGGGUCACCUGAUGGGGGUUACUCAGGUCAAGUGACGGUUGGGAUGUCAGCAGGGAGUUUCUUGCUGAUCUGAAUCGGGUUAAGAUUGAUGCUAUUACACAAAUAAAAUUUGAAAACGAAUUUUAUGAACGAUGCGAGUCUAGAACCCACGACCUAACUAACGACUAACGAAGCCACAACCUGAAAGUUGAACAAAUACAAGAUUUUAUGACGAUACGUCACUCGAACGGUUAGCUCAGUUGGCAGAGCACUGGCACGGAACGCCAAAGGUCGUGGGUUCGAGCCCCGCAUCAUUCAUAAAAUUUUGUUUUCAAACUUUAUUUGUGUAUUAAUCCUAGAAGUGAGUGUUAUCACUUUAAAAACAUAACAUAUUGUUUUGAUGUUAUUAUUUCCACUUGCUUAUUUUAUUGUAGAUUAUAUUAAGUUUUUCAGUUUAUGUUUAGGUGUUAAAAAUUGAUAUAAUUAUGUCAAUUUGCUGUGCUGAUUGUGAAUAAAAUUUGAUAUUUUAUUGUCUAUUUGAUGGAUACGUAGUUGUAAAUGCGUAACAGUUAUCAAAUUGAUAAAAUUAUAAUAUCUUUUGUUUGUAAAAUGUAUUUUUAACCCCUGGGAAAUGUUAGUUAUGGGAUAUAAAUAUCAUUUAACCCCUCAAUGUUACAAAAUCGUAAAGUUAUUGCUUUAGUAGAUAACUUAGUUAUAAACUUAUUUUUAUUCUCACAGUUAGGUACAAUAUAUUUUUCUAUAUUAAGCAGAUUUUUCGAAUGCCUUGACUAGUCUUAUUAUAUGAAAUGGAUUUUUCUCCGCUUAUUUUAAUUUCACUUAUAAAUAAUCGUCAAAAUUUCUAACAUGACUCUAUAUUUAUGUGUUGUAGCUAUAUUAGCAUGUAGUUAUUGUAUAGCUUUGACAUGCCCGAAGCACUGGAACAAGAAAAUGUGCUUUUAUCGCGAUAGCCGUUAAAUUAUGAUAAUAAUAUACCUUAUAAUUCUAAGGUGCCUAAUAAUGUACAACAUUAAAAAUAACUUUAAAAUUAGCCACUUACUUAUUGACGUCAGGGAUACGGUUUUUAGUUUCGAGCGCGCGGUUUCAAUGAUUCUCGAAUGUUCGAUAUUAUCUGUCAUACGACAAAAUUUUUCACGAUAAUUUUCGCUUAAACCUAAAAAAUAAAUGGUACUUAGUAUUUUCUAAUGAAUACUUUGAUAUUAAAAUAAUUAACACUUACAUACAAAAAUGAUAGGUUAUAGAAACUAUGCUUAUAAGACCACGCGACACAAGUGAAAUUUCAUCAAGACGAGAUAUACUCGUAUAAUAUUACUAGAUAUUCAAAUUCAAAUAUUUUUAUUCAAAAUAGGAUGUGACAUCACUUAUUGAAAGUCAAAAACUACCACCCAUUCCAAAAUGAAUGCCUCAGACCUGAGAAGAAUGGGCGCAAUAAACUCAGCGGGCCUUUUUUUUCAUCGAAUAAAUAUGUUUACAAAGUAAUAUUGUACAAUUAAACUUAUUAUUUAAUAGCCUGAGGGCGGUCGCUCCAUUCCCAAUUUGUGGUAUCAUUAAGAAAGUCAUUUAUGUUAUAGUAACCUUUAACAUAAAAACGUUUUUAACAAUUAUUUUGAAUAAACGUAAACUUUCGUUUUGAACAUUUUCUAGGAUCUUGUUGUAAAAGCAUAUACAUCGCCCCACAAAAGACUUACUAACUCGACUUAGCCGAGUAGUAGGCAUCACAGAUAAUAUACGAAAUACAUCAAUAUUUUUGUUGUAUAUUCAUAAAGUAUUAUAAUUUACGAUGUAUUUAAAACGGCUUCACACUCUUUCGAUCGAUGCAGGUUCUGACUAGUUUCUCACCAAUUGUAGUGCUAGAUUGGGCGCGACCGCGAACUCAUAUCACUCACCCCAAGGAAAUACCUUCGAUUGGUCUAUAAUUAUUCGGUACAUACAUCGAUUGAAUGUGAGUAAAGCCGCUUUAAAUAUAAAGGUAUAGUAGAUACUGUCUCACGAAAGUUUUAAUAAUUUAAUUAAUUGUGUAGAUACAAAUUUCUUUGGUAACUUUUGCUCUGACAGACCGCGCUCCUAUAUUCGACUCGAGCGAGACUGCUUGAACGAUCGUUACACAAAAUAAAGUGCUCAACGCAAUAGAAGUUUUCAAUUCAGAAAUAUUCGUGUGCGAAAGUUUUACCCCCUUAUUCAUAAUAGUCCGCUAACUUUAAACAGACGCUAAGGAGUGUUUUUUCUCAUUCUGACUUAGGUCAAUAGAAGAAGACAGUGUGAGAAUUAGCAAUGCUUUAAGUUAGCAGACUAUUAUGAAUAAGGGGGUAAUCUUUAAAUUUGAUCGUUUGACUCUCAAAAAUAUACGGAAGGUAACACGGAUACUACCACCUUUAUUAUAAUAUGAUGUCUUCACAAGUAAGUACUUUGUUUUUGCUUCCUUAUAUUUCAUUGUGAUUUUCAUAAAUCUGAUUUUAAUUAUUACAUUGUAAGUACAUCAGCUGUGAUAUUUCGAGAAUUUGAACACAUUUUACAUUUUCGUCAUAAUGUUUUUGUGUUUAAAACAUAUAUUUGCAGAUUUUGUUUUUUUUUUCAGUUUGGUACCAUAUCUACAGCAGUGCUGUAUCUAAAAUAUGUAAAAUAUUUCCUAUCCAACUGUAAAUAAUGUAAACGGACAUAGAAGCGUGCAACAGAUAAAGUGUUAUAAAUAUGUAUUUCGAUUCACAUUGUAUUAUAUCGCAUUCUCUGCGUAUAUGUCAAAGUGGAAAAUCAUUCAUUUACGUCAAAAACGACAGUUGUGUCAUAAGUAAUUUUUUAAAUUUACCACCAUUUCGGAAAACUUAAAUUUUUAUGAGGCAAAGUGGCAAUAUUUUAAGUCAAUAUUUACAGUCUAAGGAUUUUUUAACUUUAAAAUUAUGUAGUAUGAGUCCGAUCUAAAGAAAAGACAUAUUGACAGCACUAUUUCACUUAUUAUUCCUUUGUUCAUUCGUUGAAUAUCUAUUUCACAUUUGUGUUUUCUAGAAUAAUUGAAUCGCAUUCCGAUUUUUUUUUCUGUUUUGUUUUUGUGGUUUUUAAUUGUAAUAGAGCAGUCUUAAAAUAAGUGUUGAAGGACUUUAUGGCCUUUUGACUCCAGGACCUCGCUGGAGGGAGGGUUAAUUAAAAAUAUAAAAUUUGUAAUUCGAAUGCCUUUUUAUGCAGCCGUAUUGUGUUGCCGCUUAAAAAUUUUGCCUUUAUUAGGGUAAGUUAAAUUUAAUUGUUUUAGAAUAAUGCUUAUAUAUGGACCUAGUCCAAAAUUUUUAUUAUUCAUUUCCACUUUUGCGGUAUGAAUAAUACCUAAAAUAUAUAUGAAAAAUAUGUCGUAUAUGAAUAAGUAGAACAGUAAUUAUGAAUAUUAUUUGUUACUACAAUCUAAUCUUAUUAUUCUAGUCAUUUGUAAUUUCUUAAAGAAAUAAAUGUCUGUGUAAAUAUCUAAA